AUGCCUCGACAACACCAGUACACAGACGUUCGGCCACAAGACCACCACGACGACGACUCAUCAACCGAAGUCGAGUCUCUCGUUGGCGGUGAGAAGGCAUGGGCAUCAAACGACUACAUACGACCGUCCAGAUCACGGAGAGACGUACUCUGCCCACCGUGCCUAUCAGCACUACGAUGGUUCAUCGUCAUCGCCCUCCAAGUCAUCAUCAUCGGCCUGCUAGCCCGCGAACAAGGCCUUUUGAUGGACUCAAAAUGGACACGAGCCGCCACAACUAGCGAGAGAGAAGUUGGUGGCGACAUGACCGGCUGGGGUCCACACAUCCCAACGAAAAUUACAACCUUCCAAGUCAACCAGACAUUCGCGCCCUACAACACCUCGGACUUCUUCAAGCCCGAAACCCUAGCUGCCUGGAAUGAGUUAAUCCCGGUGGGGAUGGGCUUCCAGCACAUCAAGCGGCCGCAGGAUUACCACGACCUGCCUACCCCCAUCGUGUGGGACCAAAACAAGACCGUUUUCACCACCUCGAUGACGCAUCAACUCCACUGUCUUUAUGCGGUCGUCGAGGUGUAUUCUGGACUCACGUCGAACACAAAACUGCCCGAGGAUCAUCACUGGCACAUGAUCCAUUGCUUCGACUAUAUGCGUCAGGCGAUUAUGUGCUCGGCAGAUCUCGCCCUGGAAGGAUUGGAGACCACAUUCCCUGACCACAACGGGGGGAGUGAUGGAUGGGAUUCGAAGCACGUGUGCAGAGACUAUUCACAGGUCAAGGCGCAUUUGGAGGAGGUGAGGGCGUAUGAUGAUCAGGAGAUUUUCUAG